AUGCCGGCAAUGGCCAGAUCAUCAGGAGCUGUGGGCUUACAGGAUGUAGAUUAUGAUCCUGAAAUCCACGGGGAAGUAGAUUUUGAGUUUUUUGUUGAUCAUCCUACUCCUGUAUCAUCUGAACUGCAUAGUCCAAAGGCUGGCUUGAAGCCAGAAUUCCAAAAUGAUCCUCAAGAUGAAUGUGAUAGGCCCUCAGGAAAUUCUGACCCCAAAUUCAGACUUUUGGAUGAAGCUCAGCUACAAGCAGUAGAAUGUGGUAAUGUGGAAGAAGAACCUGAGGAAGAAGAGCCUGUGGAUGCUAAUUCUGGCUAUAUGGCAAAUGAGGUAAUGUUACAAGAUGACAAAAGAGUGGUCAAUGAUAGUGAGUCACCUUGCACUUCAGGAUCCUCAAGGGAGGUGCCAAAGUUACAGCUGGGACCAAAGUCUGCUCCAGUCAUGCCCAUUAGGAUUCCAGGAAGUUCUCUUCAUCGCCACAGAAGGUACAACAUGUCAUUCACAAAUGAUGAGGUCAUGAAGAUUGACCAUGAAAAUCAGCUUCUACUGAAGAAGAUCCUGAAAUGUCAUCAGAAAUCUUCUACUCUCUCACCUAAUGUGACUACCACUGUGAAUCAUGCUAAGAGGCCCUCUUCUGGUGCCAUCAACCGAGGAAAGGAGCAGCAGCGUAUUGAAUAUGAGAAUCUGAUUUAG